AUGUCUGACGACGACACAGUCAACCACUUCCUCCCUCCCUAUCCCGACAUUUCUUCACUCUCCCCCAUCCCCCUCCCCGUCUACGACGACACCCCCGUCGCAUUCCCUCACUACACCAGUCUCCCCGCCAACCUGAACACAGCCCGUCGCCAAUGGGCUGCCCUCCUUCCUUCCAUCGUGGCCACAACGCCAAAACUCCUCAUGUCUGUUGUGCGUGACCAAGCGAUUGUCGAGCUCCGCAAUGGGGCCGACAAUGACAACGCUGAUGACUUGGUCGAGAGGGUGGUGGCCGACCGUGCCGCCGUCCUCGAGACCAUUGUCUCGGUCGCCCGUGUUUUCCUCGUCCGCAAGGGCGAUGGCGGCAUGGGUGGUGUCCACCCCGGCGACAUCCUUUGGAACCGCCGUCUCCUCGUGGAGCUCUUCGCCGACCACGACGAGGAGUUCUAUUCCGCCACCAGGGUCCUCCUUUCUCGUGUCUGGGACGAGACCUGCGGCCUUAGCCUCCCCGACGCCUUCAUCGAACUCAUCAAGCGCUCUUCCCUCGCCACCUUUCUCCUCAAUAACAACAUCACCAUCUCCACCUGCGCCCCCACCCUCCGCAUCCUCUCGAAGUUUGACGCCCUUCUCUCCCUUCCCACUGCCAGUCCCGUCCUGGACUCCGUCAUCACCCACGGUGUCACGGUGGCCCUCUCCUCGGGAAACCUCAUGAUCGACCACGACACCAAGUGGCAGCUCAACCCCAUCCCCGCCCCCCUCAACGCCAAGAUCCUCCAGGCUCUCCGCAAGGACGGCGACGAGACGUUCGAGGGCACGAGGAGUAGCAACAACAACCAGUGGCGCGAUGCUGUCAUCUACAUCCUCGCCAAGGCCCACCACAUGCAAACUCAGCCUGGCUUCGUGAAGCCCGCGAAGGUAGGUUCAUACCCACUGUGCUCAGCUGAUCCUCAGAUCGGGUCCGAGCUCUUCACUCUGAAGACUCGCCCCCACUCUGCCCCCCCACUCGGCUACCGCCGUACUCCCUUCGGCCACAGCCGCACCAAGAACUCCGCCCUCGGCUCCUCGGUGUCCACCCUCCUCAACAACGCCGACACUGCUGGUCUUGUCUCAAGCCAGCGCCACACCCGUGCCGCCGCGAACCCCGCGGCCGGCUCCACCAAGGUGACUGGCGAAUACAAAGGCAAGGGCAUUGUGGGAAACCGUUCAAAGUCCCGCAAACUGGCCCGUGAACUUAAGUCCGAGACUAAAACGACUCGCGACAAAGUCAUCAAAGCCCAGGCCACCGCGCCAAGGUGUCCGACACCCCUUAGUACUUUCCGUAGUAGCAGUUACUUUAAGUAUCGAGUGAUAUGUGAACAUCUGUGCAUAGCCGCCGCUGCAUAUUGA